CCCAAAUGUCAUCCUCAGACACAUCUUCGGAUUCCGAAGGUAGCACUGGCACCCCCAAACCCUUUCAUGGACACACUGAUACGGUGUACGGAGUGGCUUAUUCUCCUGACGGUGCCCGGAUUGCGUCGGCCUCUACUGAUCAGACAGUACGGAUCUGGGACUCGCACACCGGCAUGCAGAUCGGAAAGCCUCUGAAAGGUCACAAGGAGCCGAUCGUUGGAGUUGCAUUCUCCCCCGAUGGGCAGAGGAUCGCGAGCGGCUCUUUCGAUAACACAGUUCGUGUCUGGGACGUUUUAACCCAGGAGCUGGUUUUGGACCCGCUCAAAGGCCACACUAAGGUUAUAUGGUCCGUGCAGUAUUCUCCUGAUGGACACUUCAUCGUCAGCGCAUCAGACGAUGGGUCCGCACGGCUAUGGGACACACGCACCGGCGAAUGUACUGUCAUCCUAGAACAUUCGCACAGACUUGAUGUCGCAUCAUUUUCGCCCUGCGGCAAACGUGUCGCAACUACCUGCGGCGACAACCUCGUACGCGUGUGGGACGUGGAUUCACGAAGCCUCGUCUUUCCCCCUCUCGCGGCCCACAAGGAGCAGCCGUGGGAGGUUAUCUUUUCCCCAGAUGGACGGCUGCUAGCGAGCAGUAGUAGAGAUUGCACCAUCUGUCUGUGGAACGCGCAGACUGGUAAACCUCACAAGGCGCCGUUGAAAGGGCAUAAACUUGGCGUCUCAGGUCUUGCGUUUACCCCCGACGGGCUGAUGCUGAUUAGUUCGUCACGCGACAGAAGUGUACGCGCCUGGGAUCCAAUGUCAGGCGAGUGUCUGUGGGGUCCGGUGUAUAGCGACGGAAUGCACGUGCGCAUCUCAAUCUCUCCGACGGAACCUUUGGUCGUCUGUGCGGGAGGUUCUAGCAUGUACAUUCGAGACACCGUCUCGGGUAAACGUGUUCUUCCCGAAGGUACCGAUUCAAAGCCCUCCAAAGGUCAACUAAUGGCCACGCUUGAGGGACCCAGGUCUCUGGCAUGGUUUCCCGACGGUAUUCAUUUCACAGUUGCAGGAUUCGACUAUGCUAUCAAAACGUGGAACGCGAAAAAGGGCGGAGAACCUGUCAACGUGUUUGCCUAUCACACAGGCACCGUCACUUCCAUUGACAUAUCUUUCGAUGGCUCGAUGGUAGUCAGCAGCUCUGAGGACCAUACAAUUCGUCUAUGGAAUAUCAACGACAAAGCGCCUGCCAUGGAUCCUAUCAAGGUAGUUAAUAAAGAAGUCACGGCCGUCAAGUUUACACGCGAUGCAUCCCGUUUCAUUAGUGCAAACGACGACGGUACUAUAUGUGUGUGGGAUACACGGAACGGCAGCUUGCUUCGCGUUAUCGAAGGUCAUGAUGGUUUUGUCACGUCUCUCAGUGUAUCUCCCGAUGGCUCAAAGCUCGCAAGCGGUUCAAGGGACGAUACGGUGCGCGUUUGGGAUUUGCAGACAGGCACUCUGAUAGCGGGCCCGUAUCAACACGACUACUAUGUGCAGUCGGUUUGCUGGUCCCCAGAUGGAUCAUACGUUCUCAGCGGUUCCGGGGAUGGGUCCGCACGAGUUUGGAGCACAGUUAGCGGAGAGCAAGUUUUCCGGGUCGAGCACGACAGCUGGGUAAACUGCGUGCAGUACGCGCCUAAUGGGGAAACCUUCUUAAGCGCUUCAGACGACAAGAAAGUUCGCAUUUGGAAAGCGAAUACCGGUCAGCUUCUUCGGUCUCUUGAACACGAAAGCUUGGUUUCUGUAGCUGCGUUCUCGAAGGAUGGCAAACGGAUCGCAAGCGGGACCGACGAAGGAUAUAUCAGAGUUUGGGAUAUAGUAAGUGGGAAACUACUUUUGGGAAAAGGGUCCUCGGGCGAUAACGAAGACGAAGAAUCUGUCAACGAGGUAGAAAGAGGGGUACGGCAUGAACGAAGGGUGUCGGAAGAAAGCUUCAUGAAUCGUCCUGCGACUCUUCGAAGACAAGGACAGCCUUACGAGAACACACGUCCGACAGGCGCUCGACGUGAGGGCACCGCCCAACAUCGCCAGACAACACAAUCAUACCCUCUUUCCGAUCCUGACGGUCGCGGGCCGUUCAAGAGCUUCUUUGCAUCGAUCGGCAGUCGGCACGCCCAAGGUCAAAGCCAACGCUCGAGAGGUAACACAAACUUGUUUCCUCUACGUCGCAUCAUGCUUGUUUCCACGGCCCGAGCUAAAGAGCGUCUUGCUGGUGCGUUAGAACGGAGAAGGAAUCGGAACGGCAAGGGUACAGAAUCGGAGAGCGAAGAAGAUGAAGACGUUGACGCGACGUCUACUCCGGAGGGCGCCCAAGAUGGAUUAUCACGCGUUCCACCUUCCGGCACCGUCUAUCCCCCUGUGAAUGCACAAUCCCAUGACGAAGUGAACACUUGUUUCUGCAUUCCUUUCAAGGCCAGGUAGACAUACAAAUAUCGGCGAAUUUGGCGAGAAAAUGUAUGUCCGCAGUAGAGACGUUGUCAGGAACAAAUCAAAUGAGCACACAUUAUCUCACCAUCAAAUUCUAUCAGCCACAUGGAGGCUAGUUAUUCUGACUAGUUGCCGUGCAUCAACACUGCCGAGGCAAGGUCAUUGGACUGUUCAAGUCAUCAGGCCAUCACGCGCACGCACCGCAUUGCACAGGAAGUAGCGCCUCCCUUAUAGCCUUUCACUCUCCCAUUUUAUUCCUUUAGAAAC